CAACAACAACAACAACAACAACAUGACAGCCUGCUUUAAUCAGCUCCCUCCGGAGCUACUACUGCAAAUCAAGGAACGCCUUGGCCUGCGCGAUCGACUACAGCUGAGCGCCACCUGCCGCGAUCUCCGUGCAGCCGCGGUCCACCAAUGGGGCGUCUUUAGAUCCAUCCGCUUCUCCGCCCGGAGAGCAAAGACGGCCGACUCGGUCCUCGCCGUCGUCAAGAGCUACCCCGGCGUGGUCCAGAAGCUGAAGCUCGUCAUCGACCCUACGCCCUGUAGUCGCGGUCACGCCAACCCGACCCCCACCCACGAGGGCCCUAACCUGCUCCCCGAAAGUGCACUCGCUCUCCUCCGGGGGCACUCGGAGCCGGGCGAUGGGCAGCAGCUCGCGCCGGGGCUCCGGCGGCUCGCCGUCAAGUUCCCCGACGCGCACGCGUUCCGGCGGCGCCUCGGGCGGCCCGAUGUGAGCAUAUACAUGACGUUCGACGACAACGGCGCGCCCGAGUUCGCGCGCGACAACAACACUAUGGUCGACCAGGCGCUCGGGGCGCUCGCACACACGACGCACCCGGUCGGCGGCGCCACCCGCCUCGCGCUGCUCAACCUCCCGCCGCACCGCAGCCCCGUCUUCGCCACGCACCGGUGGCGCCGGCUCCUGGGCCGGGUGCGGGACCUCGAGCUGUCCAUGUUCGGAGAGCAGCGCACCUUCGACAUGACCAGCAACGGCGAUGGCGACUACCGCGCCGCCGUGGCAGGGCUCGCCGACGACGUCUUUCGCCACCUGGCGGCCGUCGAGACGCUCCGGUUCUGCGGUUCCGUGCACGCGCCGCUGGGCUACAAGGGCGGCGCGCCGCUGCCGCUGGUCGCGGUGGGCAUGCCGCGUCUGCGGUAUCUGACACUCGGCAACGUGUGCGCCGGCGACCAGAUUCUGGGGUUCCUGAAGGAGCACGAGCGGGCGAGCGGCUACCUGCGCUCUCUCGGCCUCGUCUACGCCACGGCCGACUCGGAAGGCCCGCGGUGGAGCGACUUCUUCGUCCGCCUGAUCCUGAUGAAGAUCCAGAUUAUAGGCUUUGGCGUCACGCGUCGCAGCCCCUCCGUCCCCGAGUUCAUCGAUGACGCGGAACCGGAUGGCGGCGGCGGGCCGCCGGCCGCGCGGGAAAUAUCAGUGGAGCGGCUCAUGCAGGCGCUGUCGGUCUGGCCGUCAGCAUGCGUCCAAGGAGAGUUUGGGGGCUGGGUCGAAGACAGGUCUCGGAAUUUGCAGAGCGGGAAGGAUGGCCUAGACGAGGCUGCCCACGAGGAGUUUAUGGACAUGGUGGAUGCCACGGCAGGUGAUGCCGCCUCGGAGGAAUGGGAAGGUUUUGAAACUGAGGAGUACUCCGAUAGCGAGUGA